ACAGAACCACCGUACGUAUCGUAGCCAUCUCCAUUACAGGCAACAUGACGCCACUCGAAACAGAGAUACCAGUAGCAUUAUUACAAGAUGAUGCAUUGUUGAAGAAGUCGUCUUCAGAAGACCCUGUUAGUCCUUCGCAUUCUGAGAGUCUGACAAGCAAGGGCCAAGGCCGCUUCCAGGCAUCGGGAGUGCCAAAGCAUGCUCGACUUCUUGCCAUACCCCUGUUAUUGACUGUACUUGCUAUGGUCAUAGGCAAGUCAGAAAUAGCAGAAGGUGCACUCAAGAGUUUUCACAGAGAUGUUCACAAUAUCAGCAAGCACCAUCAAGGAUUCAUUGGUACCUACAGCAACAACAUUACUCUACUAGAGCCGUUACUUGUUCCUUCCAUGGAGCGACCAUUCAUUUUCUUUCAUCAAAGGAAAUGUGGAGGCACAACAUUACGAGAUCAGAUACAUAUUGCUGCUAAGAAAGCCUCCGCACCUUUCUUCAUUCCAUGUUAUCCCAACGCUUCAAAUCCGAAGAAACCACCAGAAUUUGUACAUUGCCAGACCUAUUACACACCACAGGUCAGUGAUAUCCGAUAUCUCCCAAACAAACAAAUUCCAAUUGUCUAUGGUGGGCACUUUUUCUAUCCUUCCUUUCAGAAAACACUCUACUUGUUCCACAAUACUCCCCACAAUGUACCAACAAUUGAACCUCCUCGCAUGGCCAAUUUUACCUGUUUGACAAUUUUCCGGGAACCAAUAGCUCGAAUACAAUCCUGUUGGAAUUACAGAAUGAUUCAAAAGAAUUAUGGCAACGAUGACAUAAUCAACUUUGCUUCGAUCCCAGCAAUCUACAUGAAGCAAAACCUCACUACAGCAAUGAACAAAUAUGGUGAAGGCUGUCUCAAUGAGCCAAUGAGAAUAUUCAGUGAUUAUGGUGAUGAUGAAUUCAUUGUCAAUCGUCUGCAUGAGCCACACUUGGCUGACAUGGCCAAUCAUGCCACAAAACAAACCUUGUCCAGGAUUGCUGAUCACUGUGUGGUGGGUGUGGUUGAACGGUGCAAUGACACGAGGGCUGCCAUAGUCAAGUACAUUCCGUUUUUGGAGCCAUACAUCAAUGAAUGCAGUGGUGGUGGGGAGCGCCUGAAUAGCGGGGUGGUGUCAAAAGGAGAACUGGACGAAGAGCAGUUAGAGGUACUUCGAGAAUUGUCCUGGUAUGAGGACGAGGUCUAUCAGGAAGCCAAUCGAAUUUUGGAUGCUCAAGUAGAGUCUCUGUAGGUCAUGUAGAGUUUAGUAUCAAUUCGCUGCUUUUCUGGAACACCUUACCAGUGGUUGCACUGUUGGUUAAAUUGUUCUUCGCUCGGCAGUUGAUGCUCAGUAGUGGCUUUCAGCGUCCUGGGCGCACGUGCUGCCUUCAAGUGAUGUGCAGAGAGCCACACUGACCUCUGGGUGGAUUCUAGAUCUCAAACAGCGUGCCAUUCCGGUACCGCUUCUGAAAAGACGGCUAGAGCUCAGGCCGCCCUUCAAUUUUCCCCUCCGCACGACCCUUGGAAACGAUUUCAACCUUGAAGCACGAUCUGCGACCGCAUUCAGCUUCGGGUGCGGAGAGUUGACUUGAUGUUAUCGUGGCCAUCCGAAGUGUUUCGAGAGUUGAAGAUUGAAGAAUUGCGCAUCCAAAUGACGGCGACUUGGUUGGAUCCUCAACAACAACUUGAAGGAAGACUUGAUGUUUUGAUGCCCAUCCCAAGUGUUUCGAGUCGAAGAUUCUCGCAUCCAAAUGACGCGACUUGGUUCGACCCUCAACAACUGACUUGAAGAGGGCUAUCCAGAUCGACGUGUUACGAAGUUACGAAAAGAAGUGCAUGAA